AUGGCUGCGGGACAUCUCCGGCUGCUGAAAGUCCCAAGGUGGCUGUCGGAGGAGUGGCUCAAGUCCAAGCCCCAGGACAUCGUCGCGGAUCUGGAUCUCGACCAAGGAAUUCUUCGGUUGAACUCCACGCGAGCUGGGCGAGCUGGGUGCCCGACGACUCUGCGAGUCGAGCGCCGACCUUCCCCGGAGCUCUUCAGCUUCUGGCAGCCCUUGGAUGGCUCCGAGGCCCCGAUAGAGGGGAUUGCAGAGGCUCUGACGGUGCGGCCGGACCUUCGGGACCAAAGCUACCGGAGCCUCCUCGACCAGCGGAAGGAGGAGGAGACGGCAGCCUCGAGCCGUCGCAGCCGCCACGAAGAGCGCCUCAUCCAAGGAGAUGAGCGGCCAGCAGUGGUCAGGGCAACAAAGCCUCCCGCAGAGGGGCCGGGCGCUGCUUUGCAAGAUGUUCUGGCAGUGGUGGAGAAGGCAUUGCAGAGUGCGGGGACUUUGGGGCUCACAGGGUUGGAGCUUUUUGAGCGCUUGCCCAUGGGCGGCUGCACAUUGGCACAACUCCGGGAUUCGCUUCUGGCUUUGGCCAUCCCAAUCCAGGCAGAGGAUGGUGCCAGACGUUAUGUCCAGACAUCCAGCACUGUUGAGCAGGUCCUCGUACGAAUCCUGCCUGGAGUAUACCAGGAGCAGCUUUGCAUUACAGAGCCUGUCGUGUUGGUGGGCGCAGGAAAGGAGCUUCCAACAAUUUGGGGCGGGAAAGAUGGAGUUGUUGUUUCGGGCUCUGGUGCAUCGGCAUGCGCCCUGAGGCAUUUGAGAUUCUGUGCCGAGCCGAACAGUCAUGCCUUGACUGUUAGCAACUCCAGCCCGCUCAUAGAAGGCUGCGAGAUUGUCGGAUCAUCAGGCAGUCCUGCCAGGGGCGCUCCAGCAGGGCUAGAGGUCAGAGGCGAGUCCUGUCCAGUCAUCCGCGAAUGCCGUGUUUUCGACCAUGCAGGCCUGUGCCGCUAUCAAAUGUGGUUUCCCCCAGUCAUCUGCAGGUUGCUGUCAUGGCAGGAUGACGAUGGCCACGACGGCCAAAGACAGUUCAGGAGAGGUGCCACGCAGCCGAUGGCUGCAGCAGAGGCGCGCAGACCAUCAGCACAGGAAGCUGCUGCAGCGGAGGCUUUGGCCCGGCACCUCCGCGGACGACCGCGCCCAGCACUCGAUCCGUUGCUUGACACCCCUUUAUCAGCUGCAUCAACGAUCGUCAGCCCAGCACUGUCGGAUGCCAGCUGGGAGCUUCCAGAAGCAGCAGGACCGACGGAUGAGGCCGAUCAGCAUGGGUGA